CGCGCCGGAAAUGCGCGACCCACGCGCGCCGCUGGCGCUGAGGGAAGGAAGUUGACUUCUGAACUGCCUGGGCUCUGUGUGCAAGGCCGCAGGCGGUGGCAGCGGUGUCUAAGACAAACCGUUGGAGGCGCGAUGGGAGACGAGAUGGAUGCCAUGAUCCCCGAGCGUGAGAUGAAGGAUUUUCAGUUUAGAGCACUAAAGAAGGUGAGAAUCUUUGAUUCCCCUGAGGAGCUGCCCAAGGAACGCUCAAGUCUGCUUGCUGUGUCCAACAAGUAUGGUCUGGUCUUUGCUGGUGGAGUCAGUGGACUGCAGAUUUUUCCUACUAAAAAUCUUCUUAUUCAAAAUAAACCUGGAGAUGACCCGAAUAAAAUAGUUGAUAAAGUCCAAAGCUUGCUAGUUCCUAUGAAAUUUCCGAUUCAUCACCUGGCCCUGAGCUGUGAUAACCUCACACUCUCUGUGUGCAUGAUGUCCAGUGAAUAUGGCUCCAUUAUUGCUUUUUUUGAUGUUCGCACAUUCUCAAAUGAGGCUAAACAGCAGAAGCGCCCAUUUGCCUAUCAUAAGCUUUUGAAAGAUGCAGGAGGCAUGGUGAUUGAUAUGAAGUGGAACCCUACUGUCCCCUCCAUGGUGGCAGUCUGUCUGGCUGAUGGCAGCAUUGCUGUCCUGCAGGUCACAGAAACAGUGAAAGUGUGUGCAUCUCUUCCUUCCUCAGUAGCAGUAACAUCUGGUGGGUAA